AUGUUCCGAACCGCGCCGCUCGCCCGCUCCCUCCCUGCCACGCUGCAGAGCGGCAGGAACGCGGCCACUGCCCUUGCGCGGAGACAACAGACAUCGCAACAGAUUCGCUGUGCAUCACACGCCAUCUCAAACCCAACACUCGCCAACAUUGAGAAGCGCUGGGAGGCAAUGCCUCCUCAGGAGCAGGCCGAGCUCUGGAUGGCUCUGAGAGAUCGCAUGAAGGUGGACUGGAAUGAGCUCACCAUGCAGGRGAAGAAGGCUGCCUACUGGGUGGCUUUUGGCCCACACGGCCCACGUGCUCUCCCUCCACCAGGCGAGGGCCUAAGGGUCUUCAGCUACACCAUGAUCGGUGUUGUCGCGGCAGGCCUCAUCUUUGGAGCCACCCGCAUGUUCGCCCGUGAAGGACCAAGCACAAUGAACAAGGAGUGGCAAGAGGCCACCAACGAAUACAUGAGGGAGAACAAGAUCGAGCCCAUUACCUUCAUCGGAGGUGGUGAUGACUACAAGGGCACAAAGACCAUGGUCCAGAGCCCGCCGAAGAAGCAGGAGUAA